UUGCGGCGAAGGGAUUCAAAGGUAGACAAAGAAAAAUCAGUGGCCAAAGACAAAGAAAAACCUGAAACGAAGAAGGACAACGAAGAGGACUGCAUCACCAUCAGUGACGAUGAAGAAGUUCGAGAACCUUCGAAUUUCACAGCCGCUGCUGGGAUGGGAGCAAAUGAAUUAAUCAAAAUACUUAUAGGUCUGUCCGUAGUCUGUUCGGUGAGGAUGAAGCCUGCUACAUCAUGGACGCCAAGGUUCAAGGGAAUAUUGGAAGAUAUCUAA